AUGUCUAGUUUGGGCUGCCAUAAAGACCAGGAAGCGCGAAAAUGGAGGUCUAUUCCUCUGCUUCUACUUCUGGACGACGCGGAUACACUGGUCUUCAUCGAUCCAGCGCCAGAAGAUCAGCACAGAUUUGCAACUCCUACUGUCCCUCAUCGCGUUCGUAGUUACAAUCUAUUGAGUACUGGAUCUGAGUAUCUUGCCAGAUGCUUUACACCCCGUGCUCAACAGCGUGUUCGUCGACAGCGGGGUUUGUCUGAAAAGCUGCCUGAUGGUAUUCGAUAUGUGAUUGACUUGACACCCCCUUCAUUAGAAGAUGAAGCUAUCCUCCACAUGACAGAGGUGACUUGCCCUAAAGGGAUUUUGUCCUGGGCAUCGCAACAGAAACGGUGGAAACUCCCCAAAUCUUGCGUCGGUGGUGAAGACGAAGUUGAGAGAACCUGUACCUCUGUAACUGCGGAACAGCCGAUGUCUCACACGGUGGUGUACGAUACCGACGAUCUUGUCAUUGGGUCAGUGGGAAAAACCAAGAAGAAAGCGGCUCAUGUAGCUCUAACAUACGCUGACGACGGCGACGAUGACGACGACGAUGAUGAUGAUGAUGAUGAUGAUGACGAUGAUGUCCAUUACAAAGUCCCGUUGGAAUACUCUGCAAAACGCCACCUCCAGGGCAUUGAUAACGUUCUUGUUGUCCUUCAUGGAUUAGAUGUCACUCUUGAUACCCCUUGCAAGCUUUGGACCUUCUAUGCCGUCGCCAAACUCUUCGACGUGGUCACCGUUCCGUCCAUUAGCGGGUGGAUCGUCUCAUGGUUUUAUGAGUCGACAAAUUGCAAUUUCAUUGAGAUUCACCCUGAUGUUGCUUACCGAGUGGCUUGUGGAACUAAAUCUGUCAACCUUUUCCAGGAUGCAUUCACGGCGUUGGUCUGCGAUGAGGCGCUCCUUGAUACCAUCCGGCCUGCUCCUCUCAUGCCAUCCGAAGAAUGGCAAUACAGAUUCUCCCACUCUCUCAUGAAAGGUGGCCUAGACGAUACUGAGAUUCAGCGCAUUCAAUAUGCCAGCAAAGCUUUUGCCGAUCGGAUCACCAAUCAUUUCCUUUUCCUCAUUGGAAAGGAGAUGCCUUGGCUAUCUAAGAUAUCAGAAGUCGCUACUCUAAUCCGAUACAUGCGGAAGUACCCAGACGAAGAACUUCUGAUAAAGGGUUUUAUGAACUUAUUAAAAACAUUCAUCCGCUCUGGAAUCAAUCUAGUCCUUGCCCGGGCUGACGACCCAGUCAGAUGCUGCCAUGCGAAGCCGCGGGAUAGUGUUGGUAAAUCCAAGCAUAGGUACUUUGGAGAUGCGUUACUUCAGCGCAUCUUUUGCCGUGCAUUCUGGGAUGAUCUAUCGAAAAUCAACUUGGGAUCUGAUGGUCUUUCGAAAGCGUUUCCAGAAGGGCUUCCAAAAGCGUUGAGGAAGCUCAACAGUUCAGUUCAAGCACUUGGUAGAGGCCUAUCAACUUUCAAAGAUCAAGGAGAUGCCAAAUUGCAAUACUUCCCCUACGAAAAAAUGGCAAAGCAUGUAAAUCAGCUCAACGCAAUCGCCAAUACCAGCGGGAAUUUACGAAAAUGGUCAGAAGAGGCCACCGAGCCAGCCCAGUCAAAUUCAUUAGAGCCGGCGGGAAAUGGAGAAGAUGAAAAAAUCUCGAUGACAGACACGCAAACAACAAACGCCAGCCAGGCAAACUUUGACAUUGGAUCAAAUAGACUUAAUCUCGGAGAGCGUCGUGAAAGGCUGCUCUCUCACCUCCCAAUCAGACCACGGGGGACAGGAGGAACAGAGACGCCUCUCAAGAACACGUAUCAUGGCCUCGGAGCGCACGUCAAAAGUGCUACGGGCAAUGAAAACCUGACUGAUAGCAACAAAUGGAGGUUAUUUUGCCUCGAAGAAUGUCUGCCGGCCGUAUGUGCAUUCAUCCGCAGUCAUUCUCAGAAACUUUUGCAAAACGACAGCACUAGUUUUCCUUUCUCAGCAACCCAUAAUUUGGCUAGUUUGACGGAAAAUGAAUGGCGGUAUAUGCCUCUAUGGGCUGGUGGUAAUGACGACGGAAGUGGUGGUGUUUUCACCGAUCCUGUACUGCCAGUGCUCGAGACUGGAAGCUUUUCUUCAGCGGGGCCUGCGGCUCAUGCUAGCAGUGACACACCCAGCUCUUUCUCUGACGAUCAUACCAUCUCCGAGAUCACACGAAGCGAAGCUCAGAGUACUGUCCAGAGAGCCUCACAUGCUGCCACAUUCUCCCAUGUCUCUGAUGUGGAGUCACUUGGGCCAUUCCAGGACGACUUGGGCGGCUUGCAGCUUUCAGAGAGCGCCUUAAUGACCCACGACGUGCUCAACGGUGAUUUUGGCCAGGGAACCCCCACAAAUAACAAUGACAAUAACAGCAGCGGCGUCAGCGUCACCAUAAAGGAGUCGUCCCGGUUCUCUGCAUUGUCUGACGAUGAAAUGGAACUGGAACUGGAACUGGUUGAAGAAGAUGAAAUCAGCGACACUGAUGACUUUGACAUGUUAAGCAACGACGAAGCCUAG